AUGGGAUCAUUCUCAACCGAAGAGUCACAAGCCAAACCUUCCAGUUUGGUAAUUAUACUAACCUUAGCAUCAUCCAUCUCAGGAUUUAUGUUUGGUUAUGAUACAGGUUAUAUUUCUUCAGCUUUAGUUAUGAUCGGUACUGAUUUAAGUCACAAGUAUUUAACUUCUGGUGAAAAGGAAUUCAUUACUUCAGCAACUUCAUUAGGAGCUUUAAUCGGUGCUAUUAUUGCUGGGUUACUGACGAAUAUUUUCGGUAGAAAGAAAGUAUUAUUACUUUCAAAUAUUAUUUUCGUCAUUGGUACUAUCAUUCAAUUAGCUGCAAAGACAGUAUGGACUAUGAUUAUAGGGAGAUUUGUUUUAGGAUUAGGGGUGGGUAUUGCUUCAUUAAUUUCUCCAUUAAUGUUAAGUGAAUUAGCUCCUUCGAAAUAUAGAGGAAGAUUAAUCGUUACAAAUUGUAUGUUUAUUACAGGAGGUCAAUUAAUAGCGUAUUUAAUUAAUUGGGGAUUAACUAAUGUCAAUCAUGGUUGGAGAGUUUCAGUGGGGUUAUGUAUGGUACCACCUGUUGUGCAAUUCGUUUUAUUCUGCUUUUUACCAGAUACUCCAAGAUAUUAUAUUAUUAAUGGUAGAUAUGAUAGAGCUAAAGAAGUGAUUAGAAAAAUCCAUCAUAGUCCAUCUGAUGCAUUUGUUAAUGCUACAGUUGAUGAUAUAAUCGCCACUAAUUCAAUCGUUCCAGGAAAUACUCCAGCUCAACAAAUUUGGAAUUCGAUUAAAUUAAUUCAUACUAAUGUUGCCAAUUUUAGAGCUUUGAUUCUUGCUUGUGGUUUACAAGGUAUUCAACAAUUCACUGGGUUCAACUCAUUAAUGUAUUUCAGUCCAACUAUUUUUGAAACUAUUGGAUUCCAUAAUCCAACAGCUGUAUCGAUUAUUAUCGCUGCUACAAAUUUCGUUUUCACCGGUGUAGCUUUAUUGGUCAUUGAUAGAGUUGGUAGAAGAAGAAUUUUGGUAUUAGCCAUCCCAGUCAUGGUCAUUGCUAUGAUAGUUUGUGCUGUUGCUUUCCAUUAUGUUCACAUUGAUUUUGGAAGUGAUAUUAAAGUUGUUGGAAGUGGUAUUUCAGGUUGGGGUGUUGUGAUUAUCAUAGGUAUGGUAUUGUUCGUUGCCUCUUAUGCUAUUGGUAUUGGUAAUAGUGCUUGGACCGGGGUUGAAUUAUUCUCCGAUAUUAACGUCAGAUCUAUUGGAGCCAUGUAUGCUGCUGGUACAAAUUGGGCCGGUUCAUUAGUCAUCGCAUCUACUUUCUUAACUAUGUUAGAGAAUAUUACUCCAACUGGUACAUUUGCAUUCUUUGGAGGAUUAUGUGUGCUCUCUUUCUUCUUCGUUUACUUCUUAUUACCUGAAGUAUCUGGUUUAGAAUUAGAAGAAACUACAGAAUUCUUAUCUACAGGAUUUAAUGUUAGACAAGCUUCUGCAUUAUCUAAACAAAGAAAGAAGAAUUCUAAAUUCGUUAAACACAUCGACCCAGAAGCUUAA